AUGGUUGAACUUCUUAUUUCACAUAGUGCAAAUAUCAAUGAAAAAGAUAACGAUGGAAGAACCGCUCUUCAAUAUGCAGCACGUUAUAAUUAUAAAGAAACAGCAGAACUUCUUAUUUCACAUGGUGCAAAUAUCAAUGAAAAAGAUAACGAUGGAAGAACCGCUCUUCAAUAUGCAGCACGUUAUAAUUAUAAAGAAACAGCAGAACUUCUUAUUUCACAUGGUGCGAAUCUCAAUGUAAAAGAUAAAUGUGGAAAAACUGCUCAACACUAUGCAGCAUGUAAUAAUUGUAAAGAAAUCAUUGAACUUCUUAUUUCACAUGGUGCAAAUAUCAAUGAAAAAGAUAAAUACGGAGAAACAUAUCUUUUUUAUGCAUCGAUUAAACAUUAUAAAAGAGAUCAUUUCACAAAAAUCGAUUAA